AUGGAUGAAGAGAAGAAAACCUACGGUGGCUGCGAAGGCCCUGAUGCCGUGUAUGUCAAAUCGAUAUCACCUGAGGGCCAUGAAUUUACUGUAAAGAAAGAACAUGCAUUAACAUCAGGCACGAUAAAAGCCGUGUUGAGUGGCCCAGGUAAAUUUGCUGAGAACAAAACCGAUGAGGUCCAUUUUAGAGAGAUCCCUUCACAUGUGCUAUCAAAAGUAUAUGCAUGUUCGCUAACUAACAGCUCCGCCGAGAUUCCCGAAUUCCCAGUUGCACCUGAACUUGCACUAGAACUGCUGAUGGCUGCGAACUUCCUAGAUUGUUAAAUAAAAUAAAUUAUAAUAAACUG